GACCCACUCAAAAUGAGCGACCUUCAACGCUCCUUCCAGAAAUCCAAGCUUGCAAGGUUUCCGCUUGAACCACCGAUGCCUUUGAAUUCACACCUGGGUGCGCUCGAAGAAGUUGACGAUGAAGAGGAGCGGGAUUACCGGGCAGGAGAAGAGAACGACAUGGAUUCGAGAAUGGAUACUCCUUCAUCUCCGUGCUCAUCAGCUUCUUCAACAUCUACCAUCAGGCCAUUGUUCGCAAGGCCGGAGUAUGCUCUCCCUCCUGGCUCAAUCUCAUCCCACAGAUUUUGGUCACCAAGAAGGCUAAUGGGUGAGCGGAACAAUCCAGGCCCAGAAAGAAAGCCUCACUAGAACCUCUCCCUUGGAACCAAUACUUUUCCUCCUCCCUAUACCUCUUGCAUGAGCCCACCUCUGCCGUCUUUCACGCCUACCUAACCAGCCCCAUCAACAAUGGUCCUCUCUUCGUAAUGCAUCACGGCGCCGGCUCGUCUGGUCUCUCAUUUGCCCUGUUAGCCUCUGAGAUUCGCAAAGCCCUGCCGGCAGCUGGUGUCCUAUCCAUUGACUCCCGCGGGCACGGCGAGACCAAGACUCCCAACGACGGGGACCUCAGCUUACCCAUCCUUUCACAAGACUUUGUCACGGCCGUGGAGCUAGUGAAGGAGAAAUGCGGAUGGGGGAAGAUGCCGGAUUUAGUCCUCGUGGGACACUCCCUCGGCGGAGCCGUGGUAGCUGAUGUAGCGAUGGGCGGAAAGCUGGGUGGGAAUGUGCUCGGGUAUGUGGUUUUGGAUGUUGUGGAGGGAAGUGCUAUCGACGCUUUGCAGAGUAUGCAAACAUACCUCUCUACAAGACCUUCGGGGUUUACCUCACUAGCACAAGGGAUCGAAUGGCAGUUCGUCCCACCCCCCCUCCCCUCUCUCUUCCUCCUACAUACCUCAUCCAAAAGUUGACCCACCAUCCCAGCACUCGCUCAAGAACAAUCCGAAACCCAACCUCGGCCCGCAUCUCCGUCCCCGCCCUCCUCCUCCUCACCGACACAGCACAGCCCGAAUCAUCAGAAGAUUCCUCCCCCCCACGUCCCUGGCGCUGGCGCACCGACCUGGCAAAGACGCAGCCAUUCUGGCAAGGCUGGUUCGUGGGACUCAGCAAGAAGUUUCUGGAAGCCCGGGGGGGCAAGUUACUCAUUCUGGCGGGGACGGAUAGGCUGGAUCGGGAAUUGAUCAUUGGUCAGAUGCAAGGGAAGUACCAGCUCGUUGUGCUGCCAGAGGUGGGCCACUUUUUGCACGAGGAUGCGCCGGGGAAGACGGCGGGGACUGUGAGUUUUUUUCUUUCCCCCUUCACUUUCCCUUCUCCUUCCCUCCGUGGAGGAGGGGGGUGGGGAUAGCAAGGAGAAAGGGCUAAUGAAUGAGGUAUGGUAUUGCUGGGAACAGUUGGUAGAGUUCUACAAACGGAAUGACCGAUCAGGGUUGGUGCUGCCGCCGAAGGUUUCGGAUAUGUAUAAGUAGCCGCCGGAUCAUUAACCUCUACCGCGGCCAUAAUUCCAUACUAUCGAGCGAAACCACCAAUAUGCACUCGAUCUCUCAAGGGAUGGCCGGCACGAGGAAAAAGGCUACACCCCCUACCCUAUCACCGAGAGUAAGAAGAAGAGUUAAAAAAAAUUAAAUUUCCUUUUUAAAAAACAGGAAAACCGAGAGAGCUGCUACCGAUACCGAUAUUCUUCUUCCACUAUUACUUGUAUUCACCUAGAUUAUCGAAUUGAAACAGCAUGUACCGUACUAGUACUUUAAACUUGAAAAAAAAAAACUCGUAUUACCACCCCCAAACGAAAACUCGACCUUGCUUAUCACUCGAUUUCCUCGCGCGUGCCCAGGCGGCCAACUCCGUGCUCGGCAACGCCAUGCCAUACCGGUAUCGUACAAUACCCCGAUUGCCAGAGCGACCUCGCCGGCAGCCGCCGAGAUAAGGCGCGGGAGUCCCCAAAAGCGUCGCGUAAGUUGACAGGGUUGGCGAGUUAUCGGUCGAGCUGGCUGACGCACCGCGCUGUGCGAUAACAUACCGUAUCGGAGAAUAUAUAUGAAUUUCGGGGCAUAAUCGUGACGGGCGCUCGGUGCUGUGAAUGG